AAAUGCUUGAUAAGUAGUGAUUAGUUGGUAACUUGGAUCGUUCAUUGCCUCUGCGUUCUCAUGUUUGAGCUGCCAUGAACACUCCUUCAAAGCUCUGCAGAACUAGUUGUUCGUUGUGAUGAAAAUCUUGUUGUUAGAUCGUCUUUUUGUGAUUUUUUCGUCUGAAAAUGGGAUCUUUGGUCCCAUAUCUAGACCUGAAUCUCCUUCCGGACCACUUCAUCACUCCCAAGAUCGAACCCAAAGUCGAACCUCUUGAUCCAGAACCUAACUUUCUGAACCUUGGUCCUACUUCUGAUCAUUAUCUCGACCCUAACUUUAAUCCUGGUUAUGAGCAAUGCUCGAGCUCUGACCCCGAUCCUCUCCAAGAAAUCUCUCCGGUAUCGGAGUUUACUGCUGAGGAAAAUGAUUUGUACUCGGAAUUCUUUCGGAUUUCUCAGCUCUUUCAGUCUGCUUCCGCGAGGAAGUAUGGAGAUGUGGCGGUUCUUGGUUCGAAUUCACAGGCAGUUAUGCCUCAGCCGGAGGUUAGUGUUUCCAUGGCUGUUGCUAGGCAUAACAAGAAGAAGAGCGGUCGGUCAGGAGAGAUGGUUAGGGUUACAGACAUGGGGAUUGAGGAUCAGAGGUAUUUUAGAGAUUUGGUGAGGAGGACGAGGAUGCUCUACGAAUCCAUGCGGGUUGUCUUUAUGCAGGAUGAGGAACAGAAAGAACAAGGUUCGGGUAGGAGGAUGAGGGCGGAUUUAAAAGCUGCGACUCUGAUGAAGGACCGUGGCCUGUGGUUGAACAGAGAGAAGAGGAUUGUUGGGACAAUUCCUGGAGUUUACAUUGGAGAUGUGUUCUUUUACCGGGUUGAAUUGUGUGUUGUUGGUCUGCAUGGGCAUCCUCAAGCUGGGAUUGACUAUGUUCCGGCGAGCCAGAGUUCGAACGGGGAGCCCAUUGCGACGAGUAUUAUUGUGUCUGGUGGGUAUGAAGAUGACGAGGAUGCUGGGGAGGAGAUAAUCUACACUGGUCAGGGUGGGCAAGAUAGGCGUUUUGCAAAGCAGUGUGUUAACCAGAAGCUUGAGGGCGGGAAUCUUGCAUUACAACGGAGCAUGGAACACGAAAUAGAAAUAAGAGUCAUUCGGGGGAUCAAAUAUGAGAAAAGCGUUACUGGUAAGGCCUAUGUUUAUGAUGGUCUGUAUAGAGUAGUGCGUUCAUGGUUUGAUGUUGGUAAGUCUGGUUUUGGAGUUUACAAGUAUAAGCUUUUGAGAAUUCCUAACCAACCUGAAAUGGGGAGUUCUAUGUUUAAGUUAGCUGAGAACUUGAAAAAGAACCCUUUGUCUGCAAGGCCGUAUGGUUGUUUGUCUCUUGAUAUCUCAAAAGGGAAGGAGAAAUUGCCAGUUCUCCUAUUUAAUGACAUUGAUUCUGAUCAAGAUCCAAUGUCAUUUGAGUACCUUGAGAGGCCUGUUUAUCCCCCUUUUGCAUUUCAGCAAAUCAGAAAUGGUGGAUGUGAUUGUGUCUCGGGCUGUUCCGAUGGUUGUUAUUGCGCCCAGAGAAAUGGUGGUGAGUUUGCCUAUGAUCGAAAAGGUAUCCUCUUGAGAGGAAAGCCUUUGAUAAUUGAGUGUGGCAGCUCUUGUCGUUGCCCUCCUAGUUGCCGGAAUCGUGUAAGUCAAAAAGGUGUGCAGAAUCACUUUGAAGUGUUUAGGUCAAGGGAAACAGGUUGGGGAGUUAGGUCCUUGGAUUUGAUUGCGGCUGGUGCUUUCAUUUGUGAAUAUACAGGGGUUGUGCUCACCAAGGAACAAGUUGUAAUAUUAACGAUGAAUGGUGAUAGUUUAGUCUAUCCACAUCGAUUCCCCGGGAGAUGGGUUGAAUGGGGUGACCUAUCUCAAAUUUUUCCUGAUUUUUUACGGCCACAAUAUCCAUCCAUUCCUCCACUAGAUUUUGCAUUGGAUGUAUCAGGAACGAGGAACAUUGCUUGCUAUUUCAGUCAUAGCUCAAGUCCCAAUGUGCUUGUGCAAUUUGUACUAUAUGAUCACCAUAACGUGUUUUAUCCUCAUCUUAUGCUUUUUGCAUUGGAGAACAUCCCACCUCUGAGAGAGAUGAGCUUGGAUUAUGGGGUGGCUGAUGAAUGGACAGGGAAGCUUGCUAUUUGUAACUAAAUACUUCUGAAAAUGUGGUGAAGCAGUCUGUUGAGGAGAUGAUGUUUCAAGCUUUUUGUUUGGAUCUACUGAACAUUUUAUC